AUGAUUUUAAAGAGAAAAUUAAGGAUAAUACCGAUAGCAAUAUUGGUUAUCCUAGCCAUUGUGUACUUUUGUAAUAGUGUUGUCCAUUUCCAAUUGCAUAAGGAGAUCAAAUAUUAUAAAAAAUAUUUUAAACAGAGGAAAAAUGGUAUUCAAGGUUCUUAUUAUCCAUUAGCUAUUAAACAAAUUCCUGCAGAGACCAUAGAUCACCUAUAUGAUACAAGAUUAGCUCGUGCCAAGUCUAGUAAGGAUAAAAUUGAUUGGAAAAAACUUGCAUACGUCAAUUACGUUACUGAACCGUCAUAUUUAUGUAAUACACUAAUUAUGUUUCAAUCCCUGAUAACACAUGGUACCCAAGCAAAACUAUUAUUACUAAUAUCUCCUGAGUUGUUAGAUCCAAAUUCUGAAAGCAGCAUUGAAUAUAACACAGUGGCUCUUAUUGAACAUAUUAAGAAAUUAAACACUGAUGAAGAAAACCCUCAGAUUAUUAUCAAGAGCGUUGAUACAAUCUUAAAACAAAAUGAUUCCACUUUAUGGAAGAACAGUUUGACUAAGUUAGCAGUGUUUAAUCAAACUGAAUAUGAUAGAAUUAUUUAUAUGGAUAAUGAUGCAUAUUUGACUGAUAGCUUAGAUGAAUUGUUUUUUAUUCCUGACUACAUUAAGUUUGCAGCACCUUUAACUUACUGGUUUCUGUCAGAAAAGGAUCUCAAAAAAGCAGCAGAUGAGGUUGAAAAUGAUGAUGGAGAACCAACUAAUCUAUAUUUUUACUUAAAACAAAUUGAUGCAAGAAUUGACAAAGGGCAAAUGAUAUACAACCAUUUACCAUCACUACCUCAUACUUUAUUUUUAGAUUCCAAGGAUAUUGCUGAUGACAUUAUACAUGGUACUCCAUCAAGAUCGCCAUUAUUGGAUUAUGUGAAAACUCGUAGAACUAGUAAAUUAAAGUUUGCAAGCAAUUUAAUGGUAAUUAAGCCAUCAGAAGACGAUUUUAACAGAAUCAUAACAGAAUUCUUACCAGAAUUGAUUAACAAAAAAGACAGUUAUGAUAUGGAUCUAAUCAAUGAUUAUUUGUAUAACUUGAAAUAUAUUAUUUCUGAACAGUUUAUGAUAUUCCGUAAAUUAAAGUCGCAUUUCACCCCUGAAGUAAUGGUAUUACCAUUUAGUAGAUAUGGUUUAUUGACUGGAUCGAUUAAAAAUAGAAAUCAUUAUCCAAUGAUAGCAAACGAUAUAUUAGGCUAUACAAAAAUAGAGGAGAAAACCAAAUCAGAUAAAAUUGACGGAUUGAAUAUUGCCACUAAACCAGAUGAUAUUAAAAUUUCUGAUUACAUUAGUAAGAAUAAAUAUAUCCAUUUCUCAGACUAUCCAUUAGGUAAGCCAUGGCAAUAUGAAAAAUUCGAUGACUUCAAAUGUGUCGUAGAUAAAAAGAACUCCAAACAUUCAGAAGAUGAUGCUGAAAUGUGUAAGGUUUGGAAUUCUGUUUUCGAAUUGUACAUGGUUGAAAGAAAUAUAUGUGCUAAAGUCUGA